AUGGCACUCACACUGCAUUUUUUUCCGAGCUGCAGGAGGCGGGAGGAGCGGGGGACACUGGCCUCCCAGCCAAUCAGAGCCCGCCUGCUUGCCAUCGCAAAGUUGUUAACCCCAGAGUCUUCUAAGGCUGCCUCGGCCUCCUCUGCUUUUAAUCUUCCGCGGAUAUUUCUCCGAUUUCUCCCAAACGCCUACAGAUCCUGGAGAAGCCACCGCGAGCAGCCACCGAUCAGGGAAGAAAGUAUGACUUUUUAUUUACCCAAUAUUGUGAAGAUGUUGGAAGAUCCGUGUGCCGCCUGGAGGCUGUUGUUUCUAGGGACACAAGUGUCCAGCCUAUAUUGUUACAAUUCUUUUUCCAGAACUGGCUUCUUCUUCGCCUCCGCUGAUGGCACCGCUCAGCCCGGGGCUCCUUCAGCUCGCGCCUCACCUCCCCGGAGCGAGUUCUCCGCCCACGUUGUCCUGCGGCAAUCGCGGUUGCUGCGGCUCCGGGCACCUCCUCAUCGAUCGCCGCCUGGAAGAGUCAUCUGGCUUCUCCCAGCCUCCUCCGCUCUCCUCCUGGCCCUUCCGCCUCUGCUGUCUUCUAGAUGUUGCUGUUCCCCGCGGUUCCACCCCCAGCCCCUCUCCUCGUUCCGGGAAGCGUUCUUCACACCCAGAACCACACUCCUCGGCUUUGAAACCAUUCACUUGCCCUUCGCAUCUCUGGAAGAGGGGAGGAACCGGACCCAGAGUGCUUAUCUCAGCAGUCAGCACAACGUUACUCAAAGGGUCAUAAAGAAGAAUACAUGUAGUGAAAGUAAAAGCUUUACUUCGCUAAUAUUACGUUUCAGCUGAAUAUAGAAGUAAGUGCCUUCCUUGGGUCAUAGGAGCAAAGGCAGUUCACACAGUCUCUCCUGAAUGCCUUCUUCCCUGUCAAGGUUUCUUUGUCCACCCCCCACUGGUAACUUUGACUUCAACCUUUCAACAUAAAUCUCUACUUCACUAAGCAGCUUUCUUUCUUGUUCCUCUAAGUUUCAUCCCUUCACCCCUCAUGUACCAUUUAUACCAUAGUGAUCUGUGUAACACUCAAGUAGUAUGUUUCAUACGCUCAAGAUUGUAGGGCACCUAAAGGUUCCUACAUUUCCCUCUCUCCUCCCUCUCGUUUUUCUCCUUCUGCACCUUACAACAUUGGACCUAUACGUAGGCUACAGACAGUGUCUGUCAGCAAGUGCUAGUCACUGGGUUAAAUAAGGCAACAGUAAUUUAAGGGCCUUCCCUGGCGG